UCUAUGUUUUUGUGUUUGUGUCUCUUUCUCUCUGUGAGACAAUGGAAAGUGGACUUCCCAUGCUUAACUGUCUGUUGCAGCACACUCUGAGAAGCCUCUGUUCACAUUCAGAGACUUCAGCUUCUUCCAAAUGGGUCUACGCAGUCUUUUGGAGGAUCUUGCCUCGGAAUUAUCCUCCUCCCAAGUGGGAUUAUGGAGGGAGUGCUCUUGACCGUUCCAAAGGAAACAAAAGGAACUGGAUUCUGGUUUGGGAAGAUGGAUAUUGUGACUUGUACGAAUGUGAACAAGCGGGUAGUGGAUACCUUAGAGGGAGGUUUGGAGCUGAUGUCUUCUUCAAAAUGUCACAUGAAGUUUAUAACUAUGGAGAAGGCUUAGUGGGGAAAGUGGCAGCAGAUAAUAGUCACAAAUGGGUUUUCAGGGAUCCAUCAAAUGAGGGUGAUCCUAACUUCAUUUCCUCAUGGAAUGUGUCCAUUGAACCCCAACCAAGAGCAUGGGAGUUUCAAUUCAAGUCAGGCAUUCAGACUAUAGCAAUAAUUUCGGUUAGAGAAGGCAUAAUUCAACUUGGCUCAUUUGACAAGAUUUUGGAAGAUCUCAAUCUGGUGAUCAACAUACAGAGGAAAUUCAGCUACCUUCAAAGCAUACCAGGUGUGUUUGCCAUGCAAAGGCCAUACCUACCAAUUCAACACCCUCACUCUCUCAAACCAAACACCACCCAAAUCAUUGAAACACAAGAAACAGCCAUUUCAAUCUACGAGAAGCGCCAACCAACCGGUUUGAAAAGAUUGUUCAACGAAAUAUCCGAUGAUUCUCCGACAAAGUCCAUCAACUUGGGUUGGAACACACCACAGAGUAACGGCAUGUCAGGAUCACAAUGUUCGCCCCUUUGGCAAAUGCCACCACUCUUACCUUCCAUGUCAUGCAGCCUCGGAGCCAUUCUCACAAAGCUACCUUCGGUUAUGCCUUGUUAUAAUAACUCCAAUAUUGACGCUAAGGAAACUAAUUCCAUGCUUGUCCACAGCAGCAACAAUAAUAACAUCAUUAGCACUUCUACAAGCCAGAUGUUGAAGCCUGUUGUUGGUAACAUAAAAGUGGAGUCUUCUUGUCGUUUGGACACAUUUCAAGAAGAGAAACCGAGUUCCAUAAUUAAUCCCAGUUUAGAGCUGAAUGUUAGGGGAACAAUGGAGCCGGGAUUUCGACCGGUGAGAGAUCAGGGAGAGACGGAGACUCAGAGUGCUCUAAAUCUCAAUUAAUUAAGGAGAAAAGUACAUUUGCAUUUAUUAUGUGCAAAAGAUGGUUUGCGGCUAGUUUGUAGAUUUGGACUAGAAUGGUUGGAUGGAUGGUUGGUUGGUAGCUCAAUUUGUUGAUAGAACAUGUUUAACGAAUAAUUAAUCAAUCAAUUAUUCGAGCUAUCAUGUAAUAUGUCUUGUCUUGUAUUAUGAGAGAGCAUUUUUCUUU